AUGAAGCUCCUACUUCUGCUGGUGAUAGUUGGGCUUUGCUCAGCUCAAUACAAUCCCAACACAAGGGCUGGGCGAACAUCAAUUGUCCACUUGUUUGAGUGGCGAUGGGACGACAUUGCAGCAGAGUGUGAAAGAUACUUGGGACCCAAUGGAUUUGGAGGAGUACAGAUUUCUCCACCAAACGAGAAUGUAAUUGUUAGUAAUCCCUGGAGACCAUGGUAUGAAAGAUACCAGCCUAUCAGCUACAAGCUCUGCACCAGAUCUGGCAAUGAACAGCAGUUCAGAGACAUGGUGACCAGAUGUAACAAUGUUGGGGUAUACAUCUAUGUGGAUGCUAUUAUUAACCACAUGUGUGGCUCGGGCAUGGGUGCAGGUACACAUUCAACUUGUGGCAGCUAUUUCAGUGCAGGUGCAAGGGAUUUCCCUUCAGUCCCAUAUUCUAGCUGGGACUUCAAUGAUGGAAAGUGCAAGACUGGCAGUGGUGAAAUUGAGAACUAUGGUGAUAUUUAUCAGGUUAGAGACUGCAAACUUGUUGGUCUUGUGGACUUGGCUCUAGAAAAGGAUUAUGUUCGUGGAAAGAUUGCUGAGUUUAUGAACAAUCUCAUUAAUAUCGGAGUAGCUGGUUUCAGACUGGAUGCUGCAAAACACAUGUGGCCUGGAGAUAUUAAAGCCAUCACAGACAGACUGACAAACCUCAACACCAGAUGGUUCCCUGGUGGAGCUAGGCCUUUUGUUUUUCAAGAGGUAAUUGAUCUUGGAGGAGAGGCUAUUGGUUCCAGUCAGUACUUUGGAAUUGGCCGUGUUACUGAAUUUAAAUACGGAGCCAAACUUGGUACAGUCAUCCGCAAGUGGAAUGGAGAAAAGAUGGCAUAUUUAAGGAACUGGGGAGAAGGUUGGGGCUUUAUGCCAAGUGACAGAGCCUUGGUCUUUGUUGACAACCAUGACAACCAGAGAGGACACGGUGCUGGUGGAGCCUCUAUCCUUACCUUCUUUGAUGCUCGGCCUUACAAGAUGGCUGUCGGCUUCAUGUUGGCUCAUCCUUAUGGCUUUACACGUAUCAUGUCCAGCUUCAGUUGGCCAAGGAACUGGGUGAAUGGCAAGGAUCAAAAUGACUGGAUCGGACCUCCAACCUACUCUGAUGGCUCUAUCAAGCCAGUUCCUAUCAAUGCAGACACCACUUGUGGCGAUGGCUGGGUUUGUGAGCACAGAUGGCGCCAGAUUAAGAACAUGGCCAUCUUCCGUAAUGUGGUAGAUGGACAGCCCUUCUCUAACUGGUGGGAUAAUGGAAGUAACCAGGUGGCCUUUGGUCGUGGAAACAGAGGCUUCAUUAUCUUUAAUAACGAUGACUGGUACAUGGAUGUCACUCUGCACACUGGUCUUCCUUCUGGUACCUAUUGUGAUGUCAUCUCAGGUCAAAAGGAAGGAUCUCGUUGCACAGGUAGACAGAUAUCCGUGGACUACAGUGGCAAUGCUCGGUUCCAGAUCAGCAACAAUGAUGAAGAUCCCUUUGCUGCCAUUCAUGUUGAUGCCAGACUGUAA